AUGAGUCUUGAAAAUACAGACUCUAAGGCGAUGGUACUCCUAAUGGGGUUGAGGAGAUGUGGUAAAUCAUCCAUUUGCAAAGUGGUAUUCCACAAUAUGCAACCAUUAGAUACCCUGUAUCUAGAGUCUACUUCCAACCCUACAAUGGAGCACUUCUCGACACUGAUUGACCUGGCAGUCAUGGAACUGCCGGGACAAUUGAACUACUUUGAACCAAAUUAUGACUCUGCAGAAUUAUUUAAGAGUGUCGGUGCUCUCGUGUAUGUUAUAGACUCACAAGAUGAGUACAUGAAUGCCGUUACGAACUUAGCUAUGAUUAUAGAAUAUGCUUACAAGGUCAACCCUUCGAUUAAUAUAGAGGUGCUUAUACAUAAGGUUGAUGGGUUAAGUGAGGAUUUUAAAGUGGAUGCUCAGAGAGAUAUCAUGCAAAGAACAGGAGAGGAAUUACUAGAAUUGGGCCUGGAUGGUGUUCAAGUUUCAUUUUACUUGACUUCUAUUUUUGACCAUUCAAUCUAUGAAGCAUUUUCGAGGAUUGUACAGAAGUUGAUUCCCGAGUUAUCAUUCUUGGAAAAUAUGUUGGACAACUUGAUUCAACACUCAAAAAUCGAAAAGGCUUUCCUAUUUGAUAUUAAUUCAAAGAUAUAUGUUUCCACAGAUUCUAACCCGGUAGAUAUACAAACAUAUGAAGUAUGUGCUGAAUUUGUUGAUGUAACUAUUGAUCUCUUUGAUUUGUACAAAGCUACCCAGAAUCUGAUAAGUGAUGGUAAUGAACAGCCAAAGAAGAGAGAGCUAAAGAAUGUCUCGCAACUUGCAAACGGUGUUGUUAUUUAUCUGAGACAGAUGAUAAGAGGAUUGGCAUUAGUGGCUUUAAUAAGGCCUAACGAUACUGAUACUGAAAAUUGCCUAACAGUGGUCGACUACAAUAUUGACGUAUUCAAGAAAGGGCUGGAAAAAAUAUGGGCUAAUUCAACCACAGAUGCAGCCAAGGUAGCAGCAAUCGAUAAUGGAGAUAACGCUUAA